CCUGCAGGGCCCGCCCUGCAGGAGCCGGCUCCAGCCUGUCCGGGGCGCGGCGUGCGGAGCCGGAGCCCGAGCCCGGGAUGGAGGAAGAGGAGGAGGAGGAAGAAGAGGGGCUGAACCGCGCAGCGCAGGCCCAGCUUCAAGGCAAGGUCCUAUUUCUUACAAUAUGUGCUGCUGGGAUUGGAGGGACUUUCCAGUAUGGCUACAACAUCUCCAUCAUCAAUGCUCCAACUACAUACAUUCAGACGUUUAUAAAUGAAACAUGGCUAGAACGCACAGGUGCAUCUCUAGAGAGCAGUGUGAUAUUGCUGGUGUGGUCUUUCGUUGUUUCUGUCUAUUCUCUGGGGGGACUCACUGGAGCUCUCAUUGCAGGACCCAUGGCAAUCAAGCUGGGAAGGAAGACAUCCUUGCUGCUGAAUAACGCGUUUGUGAUCAUAGCUGCAGUCUUGUCAGGAUUCAGCCGGAUGGCCAAAUCCUUCGAAAUGAUCAUGCUCGGCAGAUUUUUCACUGGAAUCAAUGCUGGUGUGAGCAUGAACAUUCAGCCCAUGUACCUGGGGGAAAGUGCUCCCAAGAAGGUCAGAGGAGCAGUGACCUUGACUUCUGCAUCAUUUACUGCCCUGGGGUUGGUGCUGGGACAAGUUGUUGGAAUUAGAGAACUAUUAGGGGGAGAGGAGAGCUGGCCUCUUCUUUUAGCUAGCAAUGUGGUGCCUGCUCUAAUCCAGCUGAUUACUCUGCCUUGGUUACCAGAAAGCCCUAGGUACCUCUUGAUUGACCGAGGUGACAAGGAAUCCUGCAUCUGUGCAUUGCAGAAGCUGAGAGGUAAUGGUGACCUGAGCAGUGAGCUGGAGGAAAUGCUAGCAGAACAGGCUGCCAUGAAAGGUCAGAGGGCAAAGAGUCCGUGGGAGCUGUGCCAGAAUCCAGCUGUAAGAUGGCAGCUGAUAAGUAUUGUUGUGCUUAGCAGUGCCAUGCAGCUCUGUGGAAAUGACUCGAUGUAUUUUUAUGCUUCCUAUGUGUUCCAAGAGGCUGGAAUUCCAUAUGAGAAAAUCCAAUAUGUCAUUAUCGGCACGGGGUGCUGCGAAUUGAUCACAGCCGUUACUUCUAAUGCAAUAAUAGAGCGUGCUGGGCGGCGGUUGCUGAUUCUGGGGGGAUACAGCCUCAUGGCAGUAUGGGCCAUCGUCUUCAUGGUUGCUUUAUCCCAGCAGAGUCGGAUUAGCUGGAUGCCUUACCUCAGCAUGGCCUGUAUUUUCGCCUAUAUCCUGAGUUUUGGAAUUGGACCAGCUGGUGUGACAGGAAUUUUGCCGACAGAGAUUUUUGAUCAACUGUCUCGUCCAGCUGCUUACAUGAUCUGUGGCUCCCUGCUCUGGUCCAAUCUAUUUGCAGUUGGAAUGGCCUUUCCAUUCAUUGUGGAAGGUCUUGCUCACUUCUGCUACCUUCCGUUCUUCACGGUUUGUGUCUGCACUGCUCUAUAUGUCGGGUUUUUUCUUCCCGAGACAAAGGGGAAAACCUUCCUGGAAAUCUCUAAUGAGUUCAACAAGCGCAACUUCAAAGCUCAGACACGUGAGAAGUUUUGGAAAGGCCCUGAGGAAAUCAAAUCCACUAUGUUAUAGUCUGGGAAUAAGUAAAGGUGGCUGGUGGUUGGAAAAUAUCCUGAGAUGUCUCUCUUUUCUUGUUAGGGUGGAGACAGAAGAGGUGAGGGCUAGGGAGAAGACACUAGUCUUGGUUGUGUAGUGGAAAGUUUUCAUACUAAAGCAGGAAGUUCAGCUGAUGUUUCUUGUUCACUUCAUUUGUUAAAAACAGUUUGCACUGCAUUUCUGCUUAGAACUGUAGCAUUUAUUUAUUCCACAGUGCCCUUUGCCAUCUCUUGGGAGCAUCCACAGUGAUAUGCUACUUUGACAAACCAUUUUGAAAGCUUCUUUUAAAAUGAAUGGAUCACACUGGAUAUUAUGAUUCCAUUUAUUAAUGGUUUAUAAAGGGUUAAUAAAAUAUUAAUAUAUGUUAUACACAUUACAGACAUGAGUACUGUGCAUUAUAGAUUGUUGUAAGCAGAAGGUGUUAUAGAUGGUUAUAACUAGGGGCCUCAUUAAAUCACAAUUUCAUGGAGACCACGGAAAUCGUAAAUAUGCCCUCGGGCCCCAAACCAUGAAAUGGUAGUCAAUUUCAGGGACAGAAUGAAUUUUACAACUAAAUUGAGUCAAUUUCAAGAUGGAAUAAAUUUUACACACAGUAGUCAAUUUAAAGGGCGGGAUGAAUUUUACAAGUAAUAUUAAUCAAUUUCAAGAAUGGAAUCAGUUCCCAACCUUGAAAUUGACUAAAUUUAGUUGUAAACUUCAUUCCAUCUUUGAAAUUCUCUAACAUUAACUGUAAAAUUCAUUCCACUCAAACUCCAUGAAAUUCAGUACUCUGCCAUUUAAACUGUUGUGGAUUUUCUUAAAAUAAAUAAAUAAUAAUAAAAAAAAAAUUAAAAAAAGGCUCUAGUUAAAAGCCACCUAUUGACCUUCUGGCCUCUGUAAUAAUCUAUAACGUUUGAUUAACCACAUAUUAAAAAUCUGUCAAUCAUUCAUUAACCCAAUAAUUCAUUAAUCUUUUACAAGCCUUUUAUUCGUGGAACAGAAAAUUAAAGUAUGAGCAAAUAAUGUGUUCAUUUCCCCCCUCCCCUCUGCUUCCCUUUCUCCAUCAAAGUCAUCACUUUUGAUUUAUUUUUAAUUUUAGACAAAUACUAAAGAAAUCUUUAGAGGACUUUUAUUUGGGGGAAAUAUACACCUAGCACUUAGUGACUUCUCACUGUUUUGUCCUGCACAAUCAGCUUGUGUUUUCCUCUCAUUUAGCUACCCCACUAGUUGUGGUUUAGAUACCUCAUACAUUCAGAUAAGGGGCACUAAUGCUGAUUGUGUCAGUGAUGAGAUUCAGUUAUUGUUUUUUGUAAUCCCAUCCACUCAAGUGCAGCACAGAGACGUUAAUCUUUCUGAAGGAAAGUUAAUUUUUAACUGCAAUAUGUUUUCCAGCCACAUAAAUAUACAGACACAUUAAGUGUGCAGAAGUACUCUGUCGUGCCUUGCGCCUCAGGUGCCCCAGGUGUGUAUAUACUGACUGUUGUGUCAUCGUUCACAUGAGACAAAUGACUGAUACAUCUCAGUGAAAGUUUAACAAUCAGUUGGUAUUUUUCAAGGCUAAAUGGCAUAUACUUGGGAACCCUAAUUUAAAGUGUUACGAACUGGUUGUAUAUUCUGUUUCUCUCUGAGCAGAACCAGACUCCAGUUUAAUACUUAACUAUAUUUCUUCUUUAGCCCUUCUUCACCCAAACAAUGUCUACCUCGCUAUAAUCCUCUCAACUCUUUGCCUCUAAACCGGACUCUGAAAUAAUUAAUCAUAUUAAGGCCAAUCUUAAGUUCUGUUUUCAGAAGCCAGAUGACAUUUUAUUUCCUCAUCUCAAUGCUCAUGUUUUUGAUGGUAUAAGUGAUCUCAAAUAGAUGCCAACCUGUUGAACAAUAACGGGCUGAUAAUCGUUUAACAGACUGGGAAGGAAAGCUCCUCCUCCUACUUAAUCAGUGACUUGUUGUACACCUGACUUUUGGGCAUUGCUUUUGGAAUUAUUUAUUCUGAACUGGUUCUCUUCAUGGCUUGCUCAUAGUGGUUUAUGUACAUUUUAAAACGUAUACAGCUACUUCUCUUGCACUGUUUGUAUGAGAGGCACGUGGGCUCCCAGGGGUGCUCUUGGUACUUCUCAUAGGGCUUGGUUCUUCAUGUAAGCCCUGCCAAGCUCAGAGUAGAGAGAGGAGCCAGUCAUGGCCUCCUGAUUCUGUUAUGUGCAUCCGGCUCAAACUUAGGCCUGGUCCACACUAACCCCCCACUUCGAACUAAGGUAGGCAAAUUCAGCUACAUUAAUAACAUAGCUGUAUUCAGAGUACCUUAGUUCGAACUUACCGCGGGUCCAGACGCGGCAGGCAGGCUCCCCCAUCGAUGCCGCGUUCUCCUCUCGCCGAGCUGGAGUACCGGCGUCGACGGCGAACGCUUCCGCGAUCGAGCCGGGAUCGAUUUAUAGCGUCUAGACAAGACGUGAUAAAUCGAUCCCAGAAGAUCGAUUACACUUACCUCCGGGUCCGGCGGUAAGCAGACCUACCCUUACACUGCCACUGCAGAAUCAGAUGUAGCAAAAGCCUUGUUCCACUCAUUACAUUCCCCUGUGCCCACUGCCUUUCCUCCUCACCAUACAGGGCGUGGAGGUUCUGGUAAAACCAGGUAAUGAAGCCAGCAACAGCAGAGCAGCCUCUUCCAGCUUUACGCCCACAGAUUCCCCCUAGGUGUGGGUAAUUUUCCAGUGGUGAUCUCUGGCUGCUUUGGGUAAGCUGUGAAGAGUGACUUUGGCAGUCCAGAAAAUCUGGCUCAUAGACAGGAGCCUUUUCCAUGGUACUGAGGUUUGCUAGCACUGAAAUGUUAUUGUAUGUUACACAGCUAAUGUAAUAUGCUGUAUAUUAUCCCCUGCCUUAAUGGGCCUAAAGGCAUACCUCGUGUAAAUCGUUUAAAGCUUCAUCAAAUCCAUUUGACUUCAGUCCGGUCCAUUCCAGAGCCCCAAAGCACUGACGUGCCGCUGGUGUCUCUCACUGUUUUUGAAAGGCUUGACGAGGGUAACUGGUUACUUUGGGGGUUAUUCUUACCAAUCUUUGCUUGAGAGGCUACAGUGAAACUGCCUUUUCUUCUUCUCUGUGACACUCUGGCUUUGUGUGUCUGCCUGGCUCCUGCAACCUGACCAGUCCCUCAAAAGCCAAAAAUGAAAUGCUCACAAUACGUCAGGGACACGCUCAGCAUCUGGCAGCCAAGUGACAGAGGUGUGCCAGACUUCAGACAUCUUUGGUGUCAUGCUCCUGGCUGCCCUCCAGACAUUGUGCUGUGUCAGUUAACCACUCACAUGGUAAAAGUGGUGUGAGCUUGCUGCUUGGGUUAACAGGAGCCCAGAGGAACAGUCCCAGGGAAGCAGGAGCUUGUAGGGACAGCAAACUCCGCUUCCAAGCUCUGAUUCAAUUUUCUUUGAGCAUUGCAUAGAUUUCAAUAUGACUAAACAUUAUGCAUCUUGCCCAGCAGUUAUUCCAGCAGUGGAAUCCUAUGUUUCACCUUUGAAUCACUUACUUCUUAGGGACAGAUUUUUACAGGUAUAUAGGCGCCUAGUGAGAUGUUCAAAAGAUUCCAAGGGCCUAGCACUAAUUGAAAUCAAUGAGUUUUAAGCACCUAGGUGAUUUUGAAAAAUCCCCUUAGAUGCUUAAUUCUCUUUAAAAAUCAGGCCCUUAGUGACCAGGUAUUAAAUGCAUCCAUGCUUAUUAGUCAUAGGGCUUGAGACUAACAUUUGCUCUCUCAGUCACAUCUUGUCACAUCUUUAAUUGUGCAAUAAGAAACUUGGCUUUGGGCUGAAGCAUUUCCUGUAGAUUUAUCUACCAUAAGUGUUUUAAGGUCGCUAGCAUUGUGGUACUUGUACACCAAAUUGUAGCUGUCAUGGUCAGGGAUCUUCCCAAACAACCCCACUUUCUCUUACAGUGCAUGAAAUGAAAAAGCACAGUUAAAAGUUCCUGGAAAGCGGGUAUCACUGGCCAGAUGCCAGAACAAUGUAGCAGCUUGUUUGUGUUAGGUGCAUUGUGUUCCAACAGUAAGCAGGAUGUUCCCAACGGUGAAAGACUCCAGGAUAGUUCCAUCAUCUGUACAAUCAAAAGUCCCAUAUAGUAUACUAACCAUUUCAGCAACCCGAGUGCAGGACAUGGCCAGGGCUUCUCGUUUAGUACCUACCUAUUACUGUAGCUGUUGGGCAUGUCUGUGAGCUCCACCUGUGUUCUCCUCCAGUUUCUAUUUAUAGCCUGCAAGCCAUAAUCCAUCCAGCUCUUCUCUUCUGAUUUUGCUUAUGUAAAAGCUACAGUACUGCUGCUGGCUAGUCACAAAGGAGCAUAUGCAACAGAAAGAGAAAUUUGUUGCCAAACAGCUUCAUUUGUACAAUUAUUUUAAAACCGUAGAGUUUAAAAAAAAACAGUAUUCUUGAAUGCAGUGAAUUUAAAUGUAAAAUCCUGAAUGUCUGUUAAUAUCAUGCUGUACAUGAAUGGAAAGGAAGAUUUGUUUUGUAGAAAAGGAAGCUGCAUGAAAAUUAUUCUAUAUUUUAGUAUCUGUAUGUAAUAUAUGAAAAGAUAAAUCUGAAAAUUGUUUGGUA